ACCACAUGUAGAAGUGGUUGAUUGUUCUGCUGAGUUUGUUGUUCUGCAGCUGCCAUUACUGUAGCUUCAUCUAGUUGGUAACAGACUCUCAGAUAACCAGAAUGCAUUAUCUUGCGAGUCAUAUUCGUUCUGAGUGACAAUAUUUCUUAGUAGUUUGUGAGUUUCAUAGCUUCCAUUUUAUAGAACCAGUUCUGUUAAUUUUAGGUUCUUUUGUGGAUGGUUUAUUUCAUAAUACAUUCUGGCAGUUUGGCAAACACCUGAGGUUUAGUUUACCUAUUGUAAUUUCCUGACAUAACCCUAACUAAUUGGUGAUAACACCUUAUCAAUGCUAUCAGUGACUGUUAUGAGAUAAUGAUGUGAACUUCUACAGCUAGUUUAUUAUUUGUUUUUUUAAACAAAAGUGGCAAUAAUAAGUGAAACUGGUUUUUAAUUCUGCAAAACCUUUAGUGACAUGUCCUAUAGCUACUGAAAAACUUUGUAAAACAGUGAUACCUUAAUAACAUUUACCCCACACAAUAAAAAUUAAUUGUACUUCUUCAAAGUGUUUUGGUUCAGUUUUGAUAGAUUAUUGCAAAGCUUUGUGUUUGUAAAGUUCUCGGUAAUCAUGGGAAAGAAGAAACGCAACUCUUCUGGAAAAUCCCAAGACACCAAAAGCGAGCAAGGGAAAUCAUGGCUGCUGACAAAACAGGUAAAACCACCCGAGCCUUUGAAUUUUCAAGACUCUAAUGGUUGGAAAAGCUGGAUCAAACGUUACAAGAUGUUUCACAGUGGAGUGGCACUGUCGUCUGCUAGCGAGGAACGUCAAAUAAACAUGCUGCUCUACUGCAUGGGAGAAGAAGCAGAACCACUUCUCACUUCCAUGGGAAUGACUGAGGAUAAAAGACUAUCUUUCAACACCGUGGUUGCUGCAUUUGAAGAUUAUUUUGCAAUGAGGAAGAAUGAAUUUUAUCACCGAGCUUUGUUCUUGGGGAGAGAUCAAAAGCCUGGAGAAAAAGUCGACUCGUUCAUAGACGAUCUUCAAAAACUGUCUGAGAAAUGUAACUGGUCUUGUAAAACGUGUAAGAGUAAAGGUUUUGUAGAAGAAAUGAUGGUGCUCAAGCUUGUGAAUGGUCUAGCCGACAAAGAUGUAUCUAAAUCUAUUCUACGUGAAGGAGCCACAAGUUUAACUGAGGCUAAGAAGAUACUAAGACUGAAAGAGUCUGACGCUAGAGGAAGAGAAAAUGCAAGCGUAUAUGAUCUUUCAGAGGAUUUCAAUUUGAUGGCAACUGGGAAUAAGGUUGGAUGUACAGGUGCAAAGAAAAAAGAGCUUUAUAAGAGUACAGCCACGUCAAGCAAAAAGGAACCGAGCAGUUUGCAUUUCACUGAGGAUGAAAGACCAAUGAGCUUAUAUUUGAACACAGAAAGAGUAAAUAAGAAGUUAUCCUUUUCUUCAGGUGUGGACUCAGGAGACGAAUAUUCGACAGAUGAGUUUUCUAGUGAUACUAUCUAUUUCUUCCUGGAAGAAAAGGAGGGAAGUAUUGUAUUUAGAACCAAAGACCAAAAAGGAAAUCUUAUUCUAAAGGGAAAAAGUAUCUGUGAUGCAAAACAACUUGUGACGCAGUCAAAUAAUGGCUGUGACUGUACAGCGCACAACUGCCAAUAUUCAACACCCAAGAUGGAGACUGCUCUUAAAACAUCUACAAAACUUGUAACUGCUGGUUAUUCAGGCUCAAAUACAAUGCGACAAUCACAGACGUUUCCAAACCAAGCUGUACCUCCAACUCAUAUCAACCGAGGAGAGCCUGAGAUGCCGGGAUGGUCCGUCUCCGAGUCUAUGAGGCUGAACCAACAAAAGCAAGCAUCAAACUUCAACACUGCCACAACAUUCAACACAGCUAACAUUCUCUCGGUAGACUCGUUUCCACCUUUGCGGCCAGAGAAAAGUAGAAGGAAGAUCCGGCAAAGAAGCCUACCUUCGAUGCAGUAUGGGACCUACGAAGAGUUCGAUUCUGAUGAUGAAAGUGAAUAUUUGGAACAAUUUUACUUUAAUCAAGUGGAUGACCAAUCACAGUUUUACAAUGUGAGCCAAAAUGAAGUACAAAAACCCCUUGAAAACUUUCAUUUCUCUGUCACUGGACAUCGGUCAAGGAAAGGACUAAGAAAGAUGUGUCAACAAAAGUUGAAGCAGUUUCCCCAGUGAAGAAACUCUGAAGAAAUUCAAGAUUAAUGGAUUCUUCGACAUAUAUUUACCCGCAGCAUUCUCUUUUGUACUUUUUACAUUAUAAUCUUAUCACACAUUAUGGUGCAUGCCUAUUAU